UUAUCUGGAAAUGUUAUAGUAGCGUGUAACCCUCUAACGAUAAUAGUUAAUUUUCUUUCUGGUGUUAAUUUUGGCCACUUUCCAAAAUAUUAUCAUUACGUGUCCAACAAUUCAACAGUUAACAGUCGUCAAAGAGGACUUUUCCUGAAGUAAAAUUGAUUAAUAGAGGUGUGACCUCUACAUCAAUCAUGGCCGACGGGUUUGAUCCUUGUGAAUGCGUCUGGAACCAUGAGAAUGCUAUGCAGAGGCUGAUGAACCUGCUGAGGAGUUCUCAAGAUGCCUGCACAGACACACAGUGCUUCAAUGAACUGCCAGGUGGCGACCAGUCACCUGAUGGAGGCUUCAGCAACAUGAUGCUUAUGUUGUUCGGUUGGCUCGUCAUGGCAACGGCUCUGUUCCUGUUCAGACCACGUAACCUGAGGAACCUGGGAGACACAAAACCAGCAAACAAUGAUCCAGGAAAUCCACCCCCACCUGCCCCAGGUGUGCAUUAAGGGGCCACAGUUUCACAAAAGACAAACUGGCUGCAAAAUGCAUUUUUAUCAACAAAGCUGUCGAUUUUGCAAAGAAAAACUUUUCUUCCUUUAAGAUUGUAUUUAAACUUAAGCAUAAAUCUUCACUGGAUUUCAUCAUUAUUUUUUUACAAUUUUACUGUUGUAGUCAGUGAUAUUCUUAAUAAAGUCUCCCUAUAACUUCA